UCUUUUCUCGUUCCUUUUUUCAAAGCAGCAAACGAUGGCAGAAAGAGGAGAAUCGUCGGAAGCCGUUAUGCUGAAGAAAACAGAGGAAGAAAAAUUACGGAAGGGAAAAAUGAUAGUUGGAGAUGAAUCGAAAGCGGGAUAUGAAGAAGAAGGAAAAAAAGUUAAACUGGUAACUUCAGAUGGAGUGACCAUGGAAGUGGAAAUUUCAAUAGUGAAGGAGAUGGAAAUUAUCCAAACAUUUAUUGGUGCCACAGAUACGGAUGAUUCUUUUAUCUUUCCAAUUUCCAAUGUCAGCAGCCACAUCCUCAAUCAAAUCAUAGAAUUGGUAAAGGGAGAGUAUGAUCAAGAAUUGGCGAAGAAGCUCAGUCAUGAUGAGUUGAAGGAGAUACUUGUCGCUGCCAAUUAUCUUAACAUGAAGACUCUUUUCCACUUUAUUGCCACCGCCAUUGCAAACGUUAUUCAGAAUAAGAGUGUUGAAUUUGUUAGAGACUUCUUUGGUAUAGUUAAUGAUUUUACAGAAGAGGAAGAGGCUGAGCUUCGAAAAACUAAUGCAUGGGCAUUCGAAGGGGUGGAUGAAGAUUGAGUUGAUUUUUUAUUUUAUUUUAUUAUUAUAAGUACCAAUCUAUAUAUUUUUUUAGUUUUUUUGAUGUUUUUAUAU